AUGGUCAAUCCACCAUUCCCGUUGUCGGUCCAGACGGCUCAAGGCAAAAACCCACCACUAUAUGCUCAAGUCCCAACGAGUCUCACGCCACCUGUGACUCCUAUAGCCAAGGAAACGCCUUCCCAAGAUUCGAAGGCAAAGCAAGCGCCCUCCAUUUCCAAGGACAAUGCAGGAACUCUGCUUUUCACAGAUGACCUCGAAAUCUGCCACGAUGACAACAACCGCUCUCUCGAGUUCGGCCGUGGCGUCUGGAGCAUAGUAUACAAAGCGCGCUCAUUGUCGCGUUCCCAACCAAACCUCCCAGGGACACCUCCAAGCUCCCCCGUCUCAACAUCGCAACUGCUAGCCGUGAAAGCACCGCUGCGCCGAGACGCGCGCCCAGUCCUCAACGCCGAAGCGAUCACCCUAACCCGCCUCACUCAAACCCAAGGCCACGAGCAAUACGUCGUCCCCUUCCACGGCUACCAUGCCGAGCUAGGCGCACUAGUAAUGGGCGCUGUUCCAACCUCCCUGGCAACCUUCAUCGAAGAGCAAUCCAAGCUCGCGCGCACCCGCCAGCCAGUAACAGCAACAAUGUUCGACCCAGUUCAAGGCCCAGCCUCGUACCAGGAUCUCGCGCGCAAGCUCAUCGCUGGCCUGAACUGGCUGCACCAAGUCGGCGGCGUCGUGCACGGCGAUAUCAAACCACACAAUAUCCUCCUUCGACCCGUCGACACAGACAGCGAAGAACACGCUUUCCCUUACGAGCCUCUGUUCGCGGAUUUCUCCGCCACGGUCGAUAUCCCGACUGAUGCGGAUGCGUCGGUUGAUACGACGCGCGCGUCGAUGUCGUCGUUCACGCCGCCAUUCACGGCGCCGGAAAUGCUUGCUUCGUUAACGUCGACGGAGAUGGCGCCGACGCCUGCGUCGGAUGUUUUCUCGCUUGCUGCCACGUUGCUUGCGGCUGCAACGGGUGAUUUGUUGCUUUAUCCGAAUAUGAAUCAUCGGCUGCGGCUUGAGAUGGCCAGGGCUGGACAUCAGAUUAUUGAUUUCACGAGGUCUGGGAUGAAUGGGAGUCGGGUUCCGAGGAAUGGAUUCGUUGAGAAGAUUGUGAAGCCGGCUGUUGUUAAGGAUCCUGCGCAGCGGAUUUCGACAUCGGAUUGGGUGGAACUUGCGUCUGCCUGA